AUCUGCAAGGAUAGUUGGUCAUUUCUGCUCGUGAUUCUUCAAUUUCUCAAUCAAUGCCCGAAGCCAGUCCAAAAAAGUUCAUUCCUUGUUAAUUAUACAUGGUCUUGUCCUCGCACAAGUAUCAUUUUCUUUGUUCACAUGCUUUGCCAUCAGGUCCUUCUGUCGCACAUGAUCCCAUUUGUUCUGAAAGCCACUGUUGCUCUCUCAUUUGUAUAGAAUUUCACUAAUGGGCUUCUCUUAAAAUGCAUGAUGUGUUAAUAGAGGCAAACUAAAGUAUCUGUUUGUCUGAAAGCCAUUUAUCUCUCUUUAUUCGCAAAUUGAUGAUGUAAAUUAGUGCACAUAGGAAGUUUAAGAGAUUCUUCAGCCUAUGUAUUGUUUUCGCAUAAUGCGAUCCUCAAUGCUUUCGGCACACAAGGGAAAAUUGAGUGCCCUGAGGAGGCACUAUUUUUCCAAAAAAAUGUUGGCCGAUGAUGAUGUUAGUGUGGUCUUUCGAGCUUGAAUUGGGCAACUUUCGUUAGUAUUCUCUCUUCUUUUCUGAAUGUGGAUGAUGGCAUUGAACUACUUCAAGGGAAGCAACAUAGUAAAUUCCUGGAUACAUGAUUAGGUGUAAGAAAGAAUUGAGCAUCAAUAUUGAGACGACAUUGAUAGCAUUUUGCAGGAGAAUGGUCUGUAGAGUGUUUGAUGCAAUGAGUGUCAAAAUAGUCUGUACAGGGAAUGCUAUGAUAUGUUCAUUAGUUUCAAGUGGCAGCGAUAGUCAGGCUGUAGACAUGUUGGACAUAUGAAUUGCUUUUCUCUGUUCAGAUAAAGUUAUUUUGUCGCAUUUUAUUUGCUUGGGCUCAGACAAAGCUAGUCGACAUGGGUUUCGACUUGUUUUGACCCGUGUUGCGUGAUUUUUCCACUACACACCGAAUGGACCAUUACAGAUGUGGGGUUGAUCUCUUGGGUAGAGCAGGUCUUUUGAGAGAGGCAUAUGAAUAUGUGAUGAGCAUGCUUUUUUAAGGCAAUGCCUCUUUCUUGGGUGUACUUCUGGGUGCUUGGAGGAUACAUGGAGACGUUGACUUAUAUGUAAUUAUAGAGCUUUGAUGUACAUUUUGUACAUUUUUUGUUCUUGGAAAAUAUGUCUGCUUAUGAAAAUGUUGUUGUGGGGAAGCUGAGGCUUAAGGGCAAAGCUUUGAACGUAAAGGAUGGUGGCCUCAAGAAGAAAAAGAAGCACAAAGACCGAUACUUAAUUAGCAGUGAUAUCGGCCACGAUCAAUUGACAGAUCCUUGUAAUUUGGACAAUGGGGCCAAUGCACGGUAUGAAGGAGUGCAUGAUGAAGAUGACCGUCUGACUCCAGCUGAGAGGCGUUAUAUGGAAAGUUGGCAGAAAAUGGAGCUGCAAAGGCUUGCCAAAGCUGCUAAGAAAUCCCACCGUGAUAGGAUUAAUGAAUUCAAUCAGCAUUUGGCUAAUCUUACCGAGCACUAUGACAUUCCUAAAGUAGGGCCUGGCUGAUUACUUUGAAUUAUUGAUCUCUCUCUCUCUCU